GUCCGCUGUGGUCCUGCUGAGCGCGCGCCGCGGUCCCGUUAUGUGCCAGUUAACUGCAAACACCGUCCAGGGAUGAGACGGAGGAGAAAACAAGACGGCAGUCACCAGAAAACUUUCAGGGAAAUCACCUGCAGGACUUGGACAAUGUGUUUGUUGCCGAAGUGGUGGAUUUUUAUCGUUUGCCUGACAGAUGUCCUCCCUCUCCGUUGCUUGGGGGUUCACGUGUUUGUGAGAGACGAGAAGAGGUAUGCUGUGUUGUUCCAGUCGGUGGUUCUGCCGUGUCAUUACAACACCGUGUCCACCCAGACCCCUGUGGUGCAGUGGGUCUACAAGUCAUACUGUAGGGACCGCACGCGGGAUUCCUUCAACUUCGCCGACAGCCUGAGCAGAGGCCAGGGAGGAGGUGGGCUGACAGGUGGAACCAGAGGAGUCGCUGGAGGGUACGAGACGGGGAUGACGGCGAGCUACCUCGACUGCGCUGACAGCAGCCGGACGGUCCGAACUGUGGCCUCCAUCUCUGGCUCCUCGAUCACACUGUCAGAGUACUACAAGAGCAGAGACAUCUCCAUCAUCAACAAGGCAGACUUGCGCAUAGGAGAGGUCCAGUGGGGCGACAGUGGAGUUUACAUCUGUAAAGUGAUCAUAUCUGAUGAUCUAGAGGGACAGAAUGAAGCCUCUGUGGAGCUGCUGGUUCUUGGUUUCUCAGGUGUGCCUGAAGAUCUCCUGCCAGACUUUGAUUUGAAGAUUAUGCCAGAGUGGGUGUUUGUGGCAGCUGUGGCGCUGGGCAGUGUCUUAUUCCUGCUGCUGGUUGGGAUUUGUUGGUGCCAGUGUUGUCCUCACUCCUGCUGCUGCUACGUCAGCUGCUGGUGCUGCCCGGACACAUGCUGCUGCCCAAGACACUUGUAUGAGGCAGGUAAGGGUAUAAAGACAGGCUCCUCCACCCCUCAAACACCUGCCUACCCUCCAUACUUUGUGACUGGGGUCCCAACGAUGGUCCCCAUCGCUCCACCAUCCCUGGUGGACAAGAUGUCCACUGUCCCCCCUUCGGAUGGCAGCAUACUCACAGCAGUGCCGAUGCAUUCUGUAGGGGUCCCCUACCGCGUGCCUUCACCUCAGGAUCAGGAGUCUCUCAGGGUGCUACAGUAUGUAGAGAAACAGCUGGCUCACUUCAACCCUGCAAGGUCCAACAGCCACCAGUCCUGUAGCCUGUCCGAGCUGAGCUCCCUCCACGAGGGAGACUCCGGCUUCCGCCAAACAUUCAGAAACGUCCAGAAGAAAGCUCUGCCCGCCAUCCCUGACCACGACCCUCAGGCUGAGCCCCAACGCUCACGUGACAACCGCAGCCCAGAGCCGCAGCGUUACCGUGACAAACCCCCUUCGCCCCAACGAUAUCGCGACGACACCGACUCAGAGCCCCGCCGCUGCCAGGAAGAGCCUCUUCCUCCGCGACGGUAUAGCGACGACCCUCCAUCCUCCUCACCAUCACGCAGGCCUGGUCGAAGUCAACGACAACAGAAUCACAGUGACGAGGACAACCACAGCAGGUGGAACCCUCGUUCAGAACAUCUGCACAGAAAGACAUACCGUACUGCCGGACGAACCGGCUCACUGGAUGAGUUGGAGGAGUUUGCUGCUUCUUACAAACAGAGAGGAGGCAGAGGGCAAGUGAAAAGGGAAGAAGACAGAGGAGAAUACGAGAUGGAUUUUCUGGAGUUCGGUCGAUAUCCCUCCUACCGUAAUGGUCCACCUCAGCAUUAUUACAAUCAUGAAAAUGAGCUGGUAGACAACAGCGACCGCGAAGAUCAUCCCAGACGAAACAAGAAAAACGAACAUGACAUAAGCCCACUUCAGUCACCCAAAAAGAGGAGGGGCACAUGGGAUAGCGAGCGCCCCGCGCCACCUCCUCCCAGAGUCAGUCCACCAUCAACCUCUUCUCAAGAGAAGGACUACGAUGGCACAUUCCUGAACAGCCUGCUGGAGCGUAAGGCUAAGUUGCGAGGGGUCAGCCAGGGGAAGACUGGGGCCCGGGGUGAGGAGGAUUCAGACACACCCUCAAAGGGCAGCUCAAAAAAGAGCAGCGGGGAAUCUAGUCGGCACUGCAGCCGCUCGCCCAGUAACAGGCCUGAGGCAGAUUCACUGCCUCCUUACUCAGACACAGAGCGAAGCAGAACUGACAGGCCAUCUCCACGGCCGCUCCCAGCAAACAGUCGCCCCUCUCAACCUCCUGUUUAUUCCCUGCCAGGGCGCAGAGAGGAGCCCAGAGACAAGACGCGGAAAGUGGGCACUCUUCUCAGCCGGGACUCCCUCAUCGUCUGAGCGACUGAAAGCCGCGCACUAGUAUUUACACUCUACAAGAGCCGCUGAUGAAAGAUGAGAAUUGACUUUGAUUGCAAAAAUAUACAACUGAGUGUAAAGGAAAGCUGAAUUAGCACGGGCGAAUGACGAAACGGACGACAGACACUUUUACUACAGAGACUGUCACCGGGGUUUCUGCCUGUGACGUCGUUGAACGAUGAAGUCAUCACUUUUCCAUUUCUGUCUCCGGCUGCCUCAUAUAUAUCUCAACUGGACUAACACUGAACUAAUGUGGGCUGGGUGUAUGACCUGGACUGUCCCUCCCAGCAGGACGCCGUUCGUCUUCCCCCUCAUCCCUUUCAGUGAAGACUUGCUUUACACUUCCAGCACAAUGAGUGCAUUCAUUUCCAUUUGAUGAGGUAUCUGCUUUAAAUAAGCGCAGUUGUAGAAAAGGACGUAUGUAACAACAGCAUUAUUGUAAAGGACAGACUGUAGCUACAGCUGAAUGACAAUACACACCCUGUGUCAUUCAGUAACACAUUCAGGGACUAAAGCACCUAAUGCAGACGGCUUCUAUGAGAUUUUAAUGCUAACUAAAGCUUGAAGUAGUAACCAACAGUAAGAAAUGAUAAUAUCAUGUGUAUUUAGAGAGGGGGUGGACAAAA